GGAUGCCACAAUUGUCAAAAAUUGUUGUCACAGAGAGGCAGCGUGGAGCUUCACUGUGAAGUAGUGAGCUUCAACUUCAACGAUCACAAAAGAAACCAGACUAGUGAGCUUCGUAGAAGCACUAGAAUCAUAAAAAGACGAUAAAUUUGAAUCUGAUUUCUAACAUGACCUUCGGAGCGUCACGCAUGUCAGCUCGAUCCUUUAAGCUUUUCACACAUUUGCCUUCCAUGCAAGCCCCUUCUCUCCUCUCUCGCCAGAUUAGCAUGGAUGUAAAAAGUUUUGCUUCUCGGCUUAGUAGUUCUGGCCUAUUACGUAGCCAGGGCCUUAUCGGAGGGAAAUGGUCUGAUGCAUAUGAUGGGAAAACCAUACAGGUUCACAAUCCAGCAACUGGCGAAGUAAUAACAACUGUCCCAUGCAUGGGUCAAAAGGAGACAAAUGAUGCAAUAUCUUCAGCCUAUGGUGCAUUUAAUUCUUGGAGCAAGCUCACUGCUGCUGAAAGGAGCAAAUGUCUAAGGAAAUGGUAUGAUCUACUAAUUUCCCACAAAGAAGAGCUUGGACAACUCAUUACCUUGGAGCAAGGGAAACCUCUAAAAGAAGCCAUUGGUGAGGUGAGUUACGGGGCUGGGUUUAUUGAGUUGUAUGCUGAGGAGGCAAAACGUGUAUAUGGUGAUAUCAUACCACCAACUCUUUCUGAUCGACGGUUGUUUGUUUUGAAGCAGCCUGUUGGUGUUGUUGGUGCAGUUACUCCCUGGAACUUCCCGUUGGCUAUGAUUACCCGCAAGGUUGGUCCUGCUCUUGCAUGUGGCUGUACAGUGGUCAUAAAACCCUCUGAACUUACACCCCUCACAGCUUUAGCAGCAGCUGAGCUGUCCCUUCAAGCUGGAAUACCACCGGGUGUGGUGAACGUGGUUAUGGGAAAUGCUUCAGCAAUUGGGGAUGCUUUACUUGCAAGUUCGCAGGUAAGAAAGAUCACUUUCACAGGCUCAACAGCAGUUGGAAAGAAGCUGAUGGCUGGUGCAGCUGCGACUGUCAAAAAGGUAUCUCUUGAGCUUGGUGGCAAUGCACCCUGCAUAGUCUUUGACGAUGCAGACCUGGAUGUGGCGGUAAAAGGAACUCUUGCAGCAAAGUUUCGUAAUACUGGACAGACAUGUGUUUGUGCAAAUAGGAUUCUUGUACAAGAAGGUAUCUAUGAUAAAUUUAGGGAUGCUUUUGCUAAAGCUGUUCAGAAUAUGCAGGUUGGGAAUGGCUUUAGUGAAGGUGUGGCCCAGGGUCCACUAAUCAAUGAAGCAGCAGUACAAAAGGUUGAAUCAUUUAUUCAAGAUGCUAUAUCAAAGGGAGCAAAAGUUGUUCUUGGGGCCAAAAGGCAUAGCCUUGGAAUGACCUUUUAUGAGCCUACAGUUCUCAGUGAUGUCAAGAAUGAUAUGCUAAUAGCAAGAGAGGAAGUAUUUGGGCCUGUCGCACCCCUUUUGCGUUUCAAAACUGAGGAUGAGGCUAUCCGAAUUGCUAAUGACACCAAUGCAGGGUUAGCUUCUUACAUAUUUACAAAUAAUGUUCAACGUUCAUGGCGUGUCUCUGAAGCUCUUGAAUAUGGACUUGUCGGUGUCAAUGAAGGCUUAAUUUCAACAGAGGUGGCUCCCUUUGGAGGUGUCAAACAGUCUGGUCUUGGAAGGGAAGGUUCCAAGUAUGGGAUGGAUGAAUAUUUGGAAGUUAAAUACGUGUGCCUGGGGAAUAUGAGCAGUAACUGAUGUGCUUGGUUUCGUGCUGGAUCCUUGCCAAUCUUAAAACGAAAGUUGGAAAUAUCUGAUGUAUCUUUUGCUUCAAAAAUGAUAAAUGUGUUGCAUUGGAAAAAAAUAAGUGUUUAGUUUUGAGGUAGUUCUGCGAGAACAGAAAAAUAAGUCUCUUUUGUAUUAAGUUUUGAUGUAAUUUUGCAGAACAGAAAUAACAUUUAGUUUUGAUGUUUCUAUUAUAAUU